AUGGAAUAAGAAAAUCUGUAAAACUAUACUCUCUAUGAUCAAGAUAAAAAAAUCAUGGAGAUUCUAAACUAAUAGAGAGACUAAUUAGAAGAUGAUUUCUUAACAUCGUAAUAACUCGAAGAUCAUCAUUUCGAACAAAUAGGAGAUAACGGCACUGAUGAACUUUAUUCUUAGAAAAAUUAAAUAAAUUAAUUUUUCUAAUCUCUGUAAAAAAUUAAAAAAUAAGAAUCAUAUUUAGUAUAAUUUCAUAAAGAGUAAAAAAGGUAAGAUAAGAAUUUUAGUCAUGAAGAAAUCAUAAAAUUCUUGGCUGACAAUUCAUGCAUGUCUAAAGUUUAUUAUAAUUGUGCAGAUAAUUUUUAGAAUCAUUUUAAAUCCUUCUUCCAAAGAGAUAUUUUAGCAAAAGAAGAAGUUUUCGGGAAAAUAAUUUAGAAUUUCGAUUACGCAAAUUAAAGAUAACCCACUAAUGAAUUUAAAAAAAUUAAAAAUUUUUUCAUAGAUUAUUUGAAAAUAGCUGAUAAAUAAUAACAGAAGAAGGAAUUUAAAGAAAUUUCUAAAAUUCUUAAUGACAAAUUUUUAAAUCAGAUGAGUCUAGACAGAGAAAUCGUUGACAUUGGUUAAAAAAUUAUAGAUUCUUUGGAAAAUAUUGGAGAUAAAUCCAAAAGAAUAAAAUUAGAAGAUCUGUCUGUCCUAUAAUACAUGUUCUAUCAUGUAUAUUCCAUUUUUGUUGAUAAUGGUGAUUAAACUUAACAUGGUGGCAAAUUUAAAAAAAAAAUGUAUCCCAUAGCAUUUCUGAUAGGAUAUGCAUUCAAUUUUUCGUAAAAAUUAUAACAAAUAUAAGAAUUAAUAAAUUCAGGAAGAAGAUCUCAAAAAUCUUAACAAGAAACUGAAUAAGAAGAAAAAUUGAAGAAGAGAUAAUUUAAAAAUAUGCAUAAUUACAUUCAUAAUUAAAAUACUUAAAAGAAAGUAGAAUUUAUUCUUCAGUACGAAAUGUUAGCUAAUGAAUAGCUAUUCCAAUAUUUAAACAAUUUAUAAUAAAGUAAGAAUGAUUUAUAAAUAAAUAUGGAAACUCAAAUUGAUUAUUUCUUAUUAGGAAUGAAUAUAAUAUUUUAACACACAUAUUCAUAUGAACAAAUAUCUCUUAACAAAAAAGAAUAAUUUAAAUACAUAAUACAAGAGAUAAUUUAUUUCCAAUAUCAUUUAGGAAACGCGAUUCAUCAUUUAAAUAUAAAGUACUUAGAAUAAGAUGGUUUUUUGAAUAAAUUCUAAGAAAAAAUAAGUAAUUCGGGACCGGAACUUUAAUUUAGUUUUUUAGAAGUUUUUAAAAGACUAUAAAAAAAUUUGGGAAUCUUCAUCGAAACAAAUCAUGAUGAAAAAACUCAAAUACUUCCUGUAAUCAUCCCAUACAUAAGAAUUGGUGAGGAAGAUGAAGAUAGCGUUUAACCAGAAAACAUAAGCCAAAAUCAAAAAAAAAGACUUAUAAAAAAUUAUAAAUAUAACAUGAUUUUAAUGUAAAAAUUUUACUUAUACGAGCAAAGGUAAAAUCUUAAAAAUGAAAAAAAAGGAAAUUCUAGAAAAGUCUCCCGAUUAUACAUGAGAGAUGACAUUUUUGGAAUUUAAUUUAAGCAAAAAGAAAUAAUCGAAAAUAUCAAAAAGGGUCAAUAGUUAGUUUUGCCUUCUAACUUGAAUUUUACUUAUGGCGGGCUUUUUUAUAAUUUAUUUUGGAAUAACGUUCUUACAACUAUACACGGAAACAUUUUGGAACCUCAAUUACAUUUACUUUAAAAUUUUUGUAAAUACAUCUAAAUUAAAACUUAAUUCUAUGGGAUGGGAAGCUAAGAAAAUUAAUAAUUAGAAAUAUUCAAUUAAUGCAGAAAAAUUUAAGAUUUAAUGCUUUACGAACAAGCAAAAUGUUUUAUUUAAUAAUGCAAAUAAUACAAACGUGGAAAUCUUUAAUUAUUUUCUCUCAUCAAUAAAAGUCUGCUCGAAAAAAUUGUUAUGAUGGAUGGGAAUAAAAUUUCUAUUUCUAAGUAUCCUUAACUAAAUAAAAAUAAUAAACAAAAAUGUGAAUUGCUGAAAAGUAUUUAAUAAAUUUAGAAAAAAAUGAAAUAUACAAUUUAAAAUAGCAUAAAUAUAGAUUUUAUAAAUGAAUAAAAUAUAUAUAAAAUUAGCAUAAAACAAGACAUUAUAAAUAUAUGGAUUUCUAGAAUAAAAAAUUUCGGAGAUUUAGAGAAUAUAAAUAAAACUUUUAUUUAAAGAAUGAAAUUUUACGGCCCAAAAGAAUAUUUGGGAAUCGAAUUUGAAGAUUAAUAAAGAAAAAAUUAAAGUAUAUAAAAUUAAUAAUAAUAACUUAGCGAAGGUUCUAGGAAUUAGUAAGCUCCUCCAAAAAUAAAAGCCAUUAAGAAAGACAGAAAAAGAAAAACAAAAAAAAUGAAUUCUUAAAUGCCUGUAAUUGAUAACGAUCUAAAUGUAAGCGAUCAAAUUUAAUCAUAAUAAGGAUAAUUAUUAGAAAAUUUACCUAUGUAGUAGGUAUAAAUAGAGAAUGCUCAGGAUAAUCAGCCAAACAUUAAUUAAGUUGAAUAACCGAACAACUAAUAACAAUAGUAGAAUAUAAAUGCGGUUUGCGGAUUCAAUGAAAUAAACAUGGUUCCUGGAAAUUAAUAACAAGCAUGGAUUUACUAGAUGUAUUUCCCUUAAAAUUACUAAUAAGCGUACGAUAAUAACUUUAGGGCUGUGCCUUUACCAAAUAUGGUUCCUGAUGCCCAACAAUAACAUUGGAUCUAUGAACUAUAAUUCCCCGACGAAUAAGGAAUCGAUGAACAACACGAGGAACAAUAGUAAAUCUAAGAAAAUGGGUAGAACAAUUAGGUUCCAUAAUAAAUGGAGGAAGAAGAGGAAGAAGAAUAAAAAUAAGAAGUUUAUUAUAACCCCGACAAUGAUUUCCCCCAUAUGUAAUAUAUUUACAGCACUCCUUAUAACUAUAACAACAAUGAAAUUUAUUAGAAUCAAGUGAAUUCGUACUGGGAUAGAACUACGAAUCAAAAUUAUAACAAUGGACAAUUAUAAUAAUAAUAAAAUGAUUUAUAUAUUUCUUAAUUUGAUACAUUAAAUUUUUUCGAUAAUGAUGUUAAUAAUAAUAAUAAUAAUAAUAAUGAUAAAUACAAUAAUUGA